ACGCAGUCUCUAGUGGUCGCAUCGUCAACCGACAAUUAUAAACUGUUUCUGAGUGGUUCGCUGUCGAUGUCAAUGAUGGCAGCGACAGCAUAGUCUUCAUUGCUUUUGACGUUGGCGUCGUCGUCGCUGCCGCCAUCGCAGUAGUAGUGGAUGGUUGGUGGUGGUUGGGGCCUCUGUUGAUAUCGAGCAGAUUGAAUGUGCAUAAAAUUUAUGUUCUUUUUAGUCCAUAACGACGAGUCUGCGAGUGUUAACGUGCGCGUACGCAAGACAAUUGUUGAGCUCACUACCGAAGCGUCUGUGCGUUUCAAUCGGAGUGUUGAUGUUGCUUUAGUGAGUUUUUGGCAAGUCAAGUGGCCAAGUUGUGUGUUUUAAUAACUAAUCAGAGAAUUUAGUGUUACUGAUUGCAAAAAAAAAUUAUAAAAAAAUCAAACUAAUUUUAAAAUUAUUUUAGUGCGAGAAUUUUGAGUGAAAAAAAAUAUUAAAAAAAUAAUUUUCAUUUAAAAAAUUAAUUCAGUGUUUCCCAAUCAGAAAUAAGUGCACGCAUAUUUUAUUCCAAGUUACAAGUGUUGAUUCUCCAAUAAAUUAAAUAAAAAGUGCGAAUUGCAACAACUGCGCAAAUUGCCAAGUUACACACUCACACAGUAACAACAACAACAACAACAUAUUGUAACCGGCUUAGUUGGCGUUCAACGAGCCUAACAACCAUUGAGGCAGCCAAGAAACCAAUGUAACUGCAAGUCUUCUGCCUGCAAGUCCAGCUGAGUCGUGCCGUAAGCACCGCCGUGGCUAUAGAUAGCGCUAAAAUACGUGUUGUUGUUGCAGUGGCAAUAAGAAAAAAUUUCAAAUAAAUGCAAUAAAUACAAAGAAAAUAAAUGGGAAUUGUUGCAAAACUUCCAUUAAACGAGUUUGAUACAUAAACACAUGCAACACAUGCAACACUGUCUUACAAGUGUAUAAGUGUAAGUGUAUUAUUGGUGUCGGUGUGUGCGCGCUCCGGAAAAACCUGUUGCAUUCACACGCUCGCUGGCCACCACAAACGUUGGUGCAUUCAUACUGCUGCAGUGUGUGUGUGUGUGUUGCAUGCAACAAAAAAUGUCCCGCUGUUGAAUUGCAUGUGGCAUGAACGAAAUAUAUAUUAUAUUAUUGCUGCGAGGCCAAUAGAAUAGAAGGCACUAAAUAAUCGCAUUGCCUUAACUUAAGCUCGUUCAACCAACAGUAACAGUAAUUUAAGUAAAAAGAAGAACAAACAGCAAAAAAACUUAAAAAGAAGACGGUGCCAUUUCAGCAUCAAAAUGCAGGACAUACGUUUGCGCGUCGAACAGCCCAUGUCGCGUGUGUCACCAACACAGUCGCGUCGUCCCAUACACCUACUGCCACAAAUAAGCUUAAGUUGCAAUGAACCGCCUUUGGAAGCUCACCUGCAGCCCAGUCAACAUGCAGUGCCGCGUUCGCCCAGCUCCGAGGAGGAUAAUUCACCCACAGAAAUGAAUAAUUGUCGGCGUAUGGCCGAUAAGCCGCCUUUGGUCAAACGUCUCACAAUGGGCAUGGGUCUGCUGCGUGGAACCGAAGACAGUCGUCCGCUGGUGCAUACAGCCUCAUCUUCACUGAAUUCCGGCUCGUCACAAACCAUCUCCGAUGGCUAUGUGAACGAAGCCAUUUGCGAACCAGAGAAAAUGAUCACCAACAAAUUCGGCGACUCUUGCCGGCAAUCGUUGACAGCGCUGCCAACGCUGGAAGCCGGUCAUAUGGGCUUGCAAGAACACACCGAAUUUAGCUAUAAGAAAAAGUAUCUGCGUGAAACGUGUAGUGCCAACUCCAGUCCAAAGAUGUUUGCGCCCAGCGCGCCGUUGCGGCUCGACAAUCUCAGCUUGGCCGAACAGCACGAACUGAAAGGCGCCGCUUGGUUUCAAGCUGGCAUCCCGCGUGAGAUCUCAUUGGAGGUGUUGUCGCGUCAGAACCCUGGCGCCUUUCUGGUGCGACAAAGUAGCACCAAACCCGGCUGUUUCGCUUUGUCACUGCGCGUGCCACCGCCCGCGCCCAAAGUGGCACACUACCUGAUACUGCGUACGCCGCGUGGCUAUAAAAUCAAGGGUUUCACCAAGGAGUUCAGCUCGUUACGCGCGCUCAUUACACAUCAUUCGGUAAUGCCGGAGCUGUUGCCUGUGCCACUGGCAUUACCACGUCCGACGAAUAUGGGCGCAGGCGCACCGGGUAGUCGACAUGGCUCACGAGGCAGUGAAUUGGAUGGCUGUGAUGAUUUCGAUACUUAUGGAUCGCUAAAUGAUUUUCGCAAAAUGAUGGCCGAUUUGAAUGUAUGACUUUUGAGUGAAACAAUGAGUGAGGAGAACGGACUCAGGGCGGCGGUGAGUGGGUGUAACGCUGUAGCAGCGGCAACAACAACUGGAACAACAACAAGUUGACAGCGCAUCGGUUGUCUGAGGCGCUGGUGGUGUGGACGAGGUUGGUGAAUUGGUGUGUAAAGCAACGAACUUAAACAACAACAACAUAGUAGUAAAAUGCAGCAGUAGAGGAAUGAGUCAGGGCCGGCAAUCCAGCAAAGGCCACUAAAGAGCUGAUGUUGUAAGCAUAGUAAGAUUUAAUUCAUUAUCGAGACAAUGAGAAUGUCAACGAGCACUCAUCAGGAGAACAUACCACAUGUAAUACAACAACAACAACAAUAACAUAAUUGACAACCACAGAGCAUAGUUCGAAUUACAACACAAUUCAAUCAAGAGACACAGCAACAACAAAAACAAUGAUUACAACAACAAGGGAAACAACAACAUUUAUUAUAAAUAGCAUAUCGACCACAGCAAUGACAUUGGCAGUGACCAUGACAGUGAUACAGGCAACUUUUCUGCAGCACACACACAGGCCGCAUCUUGCAACAGACUCAUCAGCAACAACAACAACAAUCUGCACUACAACUGCAUAGGUGAUAUGCAGCACCCAGAACAGUUAAAGUGCUGUUUGAUUAAUCAACACCAACAAGCAAUACACCAGCAGUAGACACCAGCAAAGGCCAGAUGACAAACGAAAUGUAGGUGCCACAAAUGAGGCAACUUGCACCCACUCAUGCGUUGCAUGCAUUACUGUCUGCUGUUGUCCACUCGCCACUGCCUGUGUAACACUCAACACUCACUCGCCUCUGUGACUUCUGUGUCGAAAUUCUGACAAAAUGCAGGAGUUUACGGCAAAUAGCUGCAUAACUGCAAUCAUCAGCUUUGGCUAUGUGUGUGCGUAGGUAUAUGUGAGUGUGAGACUUGUGUUAAUUAAGCUCAGCAAUUAUUUUAAUUGGGCAACAUAUUCAAAGAAAUUGCAUUCGUGGCUAAUGAAAAUCGCAGGAUUACAGAAGAUUUACAGCACACAAACGAAUAGCCAGCUAUGCUACAAGUAAUGCGUGUGUAAAUAUAUUAGUUAGUGCGUGUAAGCAGAGUUAAUCCCAAAAUAUUUAGGUGUGCUUUUGUGAAGGUAUACGCUUGCAUGGAAAUGGUUUAGUAAUUUAACAAAGCCAAGAAGUAAUUGAUUUAUAGUAAUUCCAGUAAGGCCGAUUGUGUAUUUGUAUUUAUGUAUGUAUGUAUGUAUCUACUGUGGGUCAUAGCAAAAAUUCGUAGUAAAGAUGCCAAAAAGACCAGACGAGUUUAUAUAUCUUCAAGCAUUAAAAGUGUAACCGCUAAGACGUCUACAAAAUGUCUAAUAGUUCGCAACUGCUUAAAAGACAAUUUCUUAUGCAAAGACCUGGCUGAAAAUCGAAAUGAGUACAGAAAAUUAGAAACUUCUAUCAUUUCGAUACCAUUAUUUUUCUACGAUUUGCCAAUGACUUCAAAAUAAGCCACAGUUUCAGCGAUUACCGCUUCAUUUGCGCUAAAUUUAUUUUCAGUGAGUUUCUUUAGAGGUCUGAGAAUCAAAACAAGUCGCUGGAGACUAGAUGCGAAGAAUACGGAAAACAUUUUCUGUUGUCAGCCCCACUACUGUUAAGCUUCUGUACAUUAACAGUCAAGGCCGCAAUGCCAAGCGAAAUAUCACAACAAGCAAGCAUAUUUACAUACAUACAAGCAUACAUAUGCGUCUUUUUGGUUUUUAUGUUUCAAUACUGUGACUUACAUACCUCAACAUUUGCAACAUCAUUUCACUUAAUAGAUGUAUGUAUAUGUAAAAGUGCUGAAAUCCAACUCCACACACAUUUAGCGAAACACCAGCAACAUUCUGGCAUUUUAGCCAGCGGAGCAGCCACAGUCAAACACACGCACUGUUUGAUUCACGAAAUUAACACAUAAAAUGCAUUGCCAACAACAUAAUUUUGCUACUAGACAGUUUAAAACGCGCAAAACUUUCAAUAUAACAACACUACUACUCAUUUCCAGUUGUAUUUAAAUAAUAAAUUUCGUUUUUAAAGUUCUUAACACCAAAUUUGUGUAAUUUUACACUCGCGAGACGGAAACUGACAGCUCGCGGAAAUUUUUGGCGGAUGAAGCUUAACAAAUGCAGUGUUGCAUUAAAAAUAAAUUUUUGGUUAUUCGAGGCAUGCUGUUAAUUUCAAUUUUUUUUUUAAUUAUUUAUAUUUAUUUGAAAAAUAAAAUAUUAAAAUAUUUCAAAAUUCGUUAAAUAUUGUCAUAAAGCAUUUUAAUUAAUUUAAUUAUUCAAAAGACAUUCACUAAUAUAUUUUAAAAAUUAAUUUGUGAAAAUUUUGCGCGAAUUUAUGUACAUUAAAAAAUAUUAGAAUUUUAUAUAUUUUAUUUUUCGAUGCAUUUCACUUUUUAAUUAAUUAAAUUAAGUAAUAUAAUUAAAAAGAAAAUAACUUUAUGUAAUAAAUUUUUAUUAAUAAAAAUAAUUGAAUCGCCAGUGCACCCUGCACUCAGCAAACUUCAAAUGCCAUCUUAACCGCCUCCGUUAGUUUCCGUUUGCGCGUCUACAGCUUUCGCUCUACUUCGCAAUUGCGGUUUAAAAUUGUGAAUUUCGCGUUGAAUAAUAUAGCAAUUGAGUUAAUUCAACCGUACCUAUAUAGUAAUAAGUAGUGCUUCGAAAGUAAGUAAAAUUUGCUAGCGGGCUAUGUUUUUUAUGCGUUUAUUUCGUGAGUGAAAAAGACAGCCGAAAUGGUGUGCGCUAAACGCUACAGUGCAAUUUGUUUGUGGUUAUAAAUGAGCAAAUAUAUAAAAAGGCAAAUGCCAUAGUUCAUUCAACAAGAGAAAAUGCAAAUUCAAGUAAUCUAUUUCAGUUUAAGGUGAGUCGCGUUGGAAUAACUUUAAUAGGUUAUUUGUUAAGAUAAAUGCGAUUUCGCUUAAAAGAACCAGUCGCCGGCAAAGCAAUUGUGUGCUUUUCCUUUUAUACAUACAUACAUACAUUCAUGCAUACACAUACUGAUAUUCGCAUGCAUUUUCGCCAAAUUUACUUAAAAUCUAUUAUUCUCACUAUAAAUUAUUUUUGUGCAAAAUUCAAGCAGGCAUGAGCUUAAAAUAUAAAACAAAUAUUUAGACGACAUACAAAAUUAAGUAUUAAUAGUGAACGAUAAUAUAAUUCCAUGUUAUUUGCAACAAAAUUAAGAAUAAAAUGUGCCAAAUUUUCUAAAAUAUAGUUUUCCGAAAACGAGAAUAAAAUAUCUAUACCUAAAUAAUCAAAUAUUUGCAUUUAUACAACUAUAUAAAAUCUAAAUUCUUAUCUACAAAAAAUAUAUGUAUACGAGACCCAAAUUAAGUGGAGCUAAAGUGCAUUUGUGUAUCAAAAUUUAACUUGUAAUUGGAUAACAUAUGAAACUAUAACUAAAGUAAUCAUAUACUAAAAACUAACAAAUUGCUAAUACUAUAUACUGGAUAUAUCGUAUUAUGGCACAAAUAAUAAUUUAAAACAAAUGUGGAAAACAUAUGGAAACAUUAUACUUACAGGAACAAAUGCUAUGUGUGUGCACUUAAAUAUUUUACAGUUACAAAAAAUACAUAGUUGUGUGCAUAUAUGUUAUGUGUUAAUAAAAACGAAUUUAAAAUUGCAUAGAACAUUUUAUAGAUUCAUAGACAGGCAUGAAAGCUGAACUAAAUUAAAUUAAAAAUAUAUAAAUGGAUAAAUAAGGAUCUUAAAUUAAACAAAAAAUUAUAACAAAAUAUAAAGAGAAUUACUUAUAUAUUAAACAAAAAAAAAUGUUUUUGUUUUUGCAAUGUUUCAAAUUGUAACAUUUAGCAAAGGUUAUGAGCUUUGUGACUUUACAAUGUGUUUAUAUAAUUAAUAUGAAAAAACAAGCUGUGCUAUGCUACGCUACAAAAAUUAAACAAUAAAACAAAAACAAAUAUACGUAUGAAUGCUUAUAAAGCAAAGGUAUACUAAAAAAAUAUAUAUGUGCUUACUGUAAGUAUGAUAGCUGUCUAAAUUCACAAAGGUAACAGUUAAUGUAUCUUUAAUAAUUUUGAUUAAUUAAUAAAAAAAAAACAUUUUAUAUUUGUUGGAUAGUAGUAAAUGCGAUACAAAUAUGCUUUAAAUUAUUGUCUAAGUUAAGUGCAUUCAUAUAUUUAUUUAGGCAAAAUACCUAAUUGUAAAAAAAAGAAAUAAUUUCAUUAAAUGUAUAACAAAUAGAUAUAUGCAUAUAUAAUAUGUGAAGUACGUAAUUAUGUAGUUAUAAAUUACUUGUGAGAUAGAAAAUAAAAUUUAUAAAUGUUUACUAAAAAAUAUUUGUACUGCUUAAGUAACUUAUAGUUAGUUAUGUAUACAAAAUGUAAUUAAAUGAUACAAAUACACAAUACAGAAAGCAUUGACAACAUAAUUAUUUCAUUACGCAAACAAUUAAAAGUCAAAUAGUAGUAUUUUUAGUAAGAAAUUUGAGGUUAUCUUCAAAGAUUGGAGCAUCAAUUGCUUUUUUUAAGCCUAAGCGUGCUUAAUAACUGCUUGUGAAAUUGCAUACCUCCUACUAGAGCGUCACAAUGCAAGUUUUUGAAUGAAAUAUACUUACAUUUUUGUUUUUUUUUUCUAUAAUUUUUCAUUUUAUUACUUUCAAUUUUACAAUUAUUUUCAUAUUCUUACAAUAGGCUUUACUCCAUAAAUUCUCUCUGUAGCAAGUAUUUAAUACUUAUAUGAAUAAAAAUAUAUUUAUUUAUGUAAUAUAAUUAAUAUAUGUAUAUGUAUGUAUACUUAUAUACUUUAGGUGGUGCAAUGUGCAAUAAACUGCAGUGCAUUUCAUUUGAAAAAAGUUAACAUUCUCCAGCCGUGCGUCCAUUUAUAAAUGUAUAUAUAUAUAUAUAUAUAAUAUUGCGAAUACAUACAAAUUACUUUUGUUAUUUAAAAUAUUUGUUUAUGCUUUACAAACAUUUCUGCAAGUCUUUACUUGUAUGUGAGUGCUGUGCUGAUGAGUUGUCUGAGGCACAUAAUUAACUAAAAAUUAAUUAACACGAAUGGAUAAUUAACUAUAUAUUAAAAAAAAAAAAACUAAAGCAAUACAUUAUUUAUAUAAUAAACAUAAAAUAGCAGUGAAAUCAGUUAAAUGUAUUAUAAACUAAAAUUAACCUAAACUCGUACCCCAGACAUAAUCAUUAUGUUGUCGGUGCAUGUGUUUGAGUCUGUGUACUAAGUAUGCAUUUGUUUUACGAUUAUUACGAUAACAAUAUAUUUUUAAACGUGCGAAUUUUUAGUCAAUAAGUGGUUUUUCCUUUUAAAAUUUUUUAUAUAUUUUUUUUUUCUUAUUUU